AUGCAUCAACGCUGUCCUCCUCGUCUAACACCACCAUCAAUCAUUGCUGCUACUUCAUUGCUACAUCAUUGCUACCUCCACAACCACAUCACAACCACAACCAACAGUGACAUACACACACACACAUACGCAUACACUUCUUCUUUCCACCUCGUCAAAUCACUGUUUUCAUCUCCACGCUUAAGCAUCAGCCCUUCACCCAAUAUGUUUGCUCCCCAAAUCAGCUGCUGUAUAAACUGCCCCCCCUUUCUCUGCUUGUUGUUCCGUGCACGUGUUGGCGUGCAUGUGGCAAGAUUGGUUUGUGUUUGUUUUGGUUUGUACGUGUGA